AGUGUAUUCGCGGUGCGUUGCUUGUUGUGUUGCGCAGGUGUGUGAGAAAACCUGUUUGAUAAGUUUUGGACACUUUUAUUUUUACGGUCAGUACCCUCCGUGUUUUUCUCUCAGGAGGGAAAACUUUUUCUUAUGAAAUAGAAAUCCAACUCAUUGACAUGGCUCGAAUCAACGUAUCGUUUUGUGUCCAAGCGUUUUACAAGCAACAAAGACUUACAGCUGUCAAAUUACUACGUCUUCAAGCAGUUCAAGUUUUAAAUCAGUGCAGAACACUUCCCUUCGCAAAGCAGUUCGGUGUCACAUCCCUUUUGUCUACUUUGUUUAUAGUGAAAGCCUUGAAUAAAUCUGAAAAAGCAGACCACUCCACCAUUAUAAAAGAAGCAGACGUUCUCUACGACAAUGGGCACUACGACAAACUUCACGAAGCGUUGCUUCCUCACCGUAGCACAGACAACCCCGAGAUCUUGUGGAGGUUUGCACGUGCCAUCUUUGAGAAAUGCCGCAACGAAGAGAAAACAGAAAAACUAAAAUCAUUGGAAGAAUCCCUGAGUUUGGUGGAUAGAGCUCUGGAAUUGGACGAAACAUGCUGGGCUGCUCACAAAUGGCGAGCGAUUUUGUUGGAUUAUGUUUGGCGUUUUAAAAGUACUAAAGGUAGAAUAAUCCAUAGUUUUGAUGUAAAGAAACACAUGGAGCGUGCCAUCGAAUUGAAUCCUAAAGACAGCACAUCUUAUUAUUUGCUUGGAGAAUGGUGUUUCACAUUCGCUGAUAUGCCUUGGUAUCAAAGAAAAGCAGCAGCUGCCAUAUUUGCUUCACCUCCGACAUCAACCUAUGAAGAAGCUCUCCAAUUCUUUGAAAAAGCUGAGCAAAUAUGUCCGAAAUUUUACAGUAUGAAUCUCCUCAUGAUUGGCAAGUGCUAUUUAAAAAUGAAGCAAGAAGACAAAGCGAUACUUUUCCUGAAACAGGCUUUAGAGUAUCCAGUAAAAACCCCAGACGAUCAACAGGCACAUGCAGAAGCAGAAAAACUACUUAAGAAUCUGAACGCAAAUUAGAGAAUGAACAGUGCAAUACAGCUGUAUCUCCAAAAUAUAAAUAUAUUCAUUUAUACUGUUAUUAUUUUUAAUUACUGCUUUAAUAAAUUAAAUGAUUUAUUUCAACUGUAUUUAUGAAAUAAUCCAAACAGCCAUUGAAAAUAUCAGUAAACAAAAAUUCCAACACGAAUUAAACUUUGAAAAUAAACUCUCUCUCAGA